CCUUGAAGGGCCCAUAUUAUUGACUGCACGUAGCCGAUCUUGAGCAUUCCGACAGACGAGCGUGCGCUAAAAUCACCAGUGAAGGAAGUAAACGCAAAAGAAGAUUAAAUGAACUAUGGCUUGCUAUGAACAGUUAUCGAUUUUAGUGCUGUGCAUUUGUUUACACCGUUCUCUACAGUUGAUUCCGUUGCCGGAAUACAUACAUCCUUGCGCUGAGCUGAGCGACGAGUGCUUCACCAAAGCGACCCUCGAUGCCAUACCAGGGAUAGUCAAGGGCAUCCCUGAGGCUGGGAUCCCGCCCUUAGAUCCCUUAUACUUGGACAAAAACAUCAGUAUUGUUCUACCGGGCAAUUUGAGGAUGACCUUUCACAAUGCAAAACUCGUUGGACUGAGUUCGUGUGUGCCAGAUAAAGUGUCUUCUCUUCGCGACAAACGCUUGUUUAUAUUUGACAUGCACUGCAAUUUCACCAUACGCGGAGUCUACAGUCUGCUCGGAAGGCUGCUAUUGUUCAAUCUUGACACUGAAGGGGGAGCUAAGGUUAAAAUCUGGAACCAACACAUUCGUUUAGAGGUCGCUGAAAGGGUUGUGAUCAAUGAAGAAGGCGAGGGGCAUUACAAGAUCAACUCAUACAAAUACAAGGCAGAUUACGGCACCGAUCUCAAACUGAACUUGACGAACUUAAUUCGAGGGAAUCCUGAAAUAAGUGCGAACAUUUUGAAAGUCUUAAACUCAGACUCGCAAGCGUUCGCUCAAGAAUUCGGCGGCCCAAUCCUUGAUUACGCGAUAGACUACGCCAUGAACGUAACGCAGCGAUUCUUCGACGCAUUCACAUACGACCAGCUGACGCAAGUUCCGUUAACAGAUGACUUCUUCGAGAAAGAAUAAAACAAAUAAAUAGCAAUUA